CAAGCCUCCAACUUUGUAUCCCCAUACUCUCCAAAACCACGCGCUGUAUUUUUUCUGCUCGAAGGCGACACUUUUACUCCACAUCAUCACAGCUUGCGACUAGGAAAUCACUGGGCUAGCUCGGCUAAUGACUGGCUGAUGAACGCACAUUUUCGCACAUCUUCUGAAGAUCAAAACGCAGUCAAAACAGGCUGGCGGGAACUUUUACGCCAAAUCGACUCCCUAUCUUUUUUUGCUUUCUACAGGAAACCUACACACACAAGAAAUACAAGAAACCUCUAGUGACAGAGAGCCGUAUUACCUCGUCAAACUGCUCCGUAGGAAGGGCUGGACAAGGCAUAUAGAGGACAGUGGACCUCCCGAUGAAAACAUAAUCUGUAGAAGGUUGACUCGGUAAAAACAAUUUGAACUGUAUUGAAUAAAAGGUAGAGUGUCAUUAUAACGGGCCCAGAAGAAAUAGCAACGAUUCGAAAAGCAAAACUGAGACGGAUUUGUGCUUUUAUGCUGUGAGAAUCGAGGGAUUUUGUGGUGAUGAUGGCUGCCGAGAGGAGAGAUGGACCCCUCGUGCUAGGGUCGCCCAGAGAUACGGGGAGUGAACCUUGUAUGAAGCGUAUAUGUCCGGGUUUGACGUGCACAGUUUGCGGGGAUAUCUCGAGUGGCAAACACUACGGUAUCUAUGCCUGCAAUGGGUGCAGCGGCUUCUUCAAGCGAAGCGUCAGAAGGAAGUUGGUUUACAGAUGCCAAGCCGGGACUGGAUGUUGUCUAGUGGACAAGGCCCAUCGAAAUCAAUGUCAGGCUUGCCGUCUCAAGAAAUGUCUGGAUGCAGGAAUGAACAAAGAUGCUGUACAGAACGAGCGACAACCCCGCAACAUGGCCCACGUUCGCCUUGACAGCGUCCCCUCCGUGACGACAGCCGAACCCCAUGAACUUGCCGCCAGCCCGCUGACCAGGGACCCGAACCCGUCCUCGCAUUCCACCUCCACAUCGUCAUCGACAUCACCGUCGUCAUCGUACGGUGGCCCGAUGUCAUCGGCGUCGGCACACGCUGCUGCCUUCGCGUUCACGGCCAAUCACCGGUUCAUGGCUGGUCUGAUGACGGCAGAAACCUGCGCCAAAUUGGAGCCAGAAGAUGCACUUCACGAUACAUGCGAGAUCGACGUGACCGGCGACACGGAUCCCCGGGUCGACCUCCGUAGCGACCACCAUCACCAGCGACGACCGGGAAUGAUCUUGAGCGGAUCGGAGCUGGCGUCCACGCCUAAGGAGAUCGCCGUCUACCCCUCCAGCAAUGAUAGCAUCUACGAGUCGUCGGCUCGGCUUCUUUUCAUGGCCGUCAAAUGGGCGAAGACACUGCCUUCCUUCUCGGGUCUGCCCUUCAGAGAUCAGGUCAUUUUGCUGGAGGAAGCGUGGAGCGAGCUAUUCUUACUGUGCGCUCUGCAAUGGUCCAUGCCGCUGGAUUCCUGCCCGCUACUCACCGGCCUACACGAGCAAUCCCAGACGGACAAGGCAGCGACCUGUGUCUCUGAUAUACGCCUCCUUCAGGAGAUCAUGUCUCGCUUUCGGGGGCUACGGGUCGACCCCGCCGAGUUCGCCUGCCUCAAGGCGAUUGUUCUCUUCAAACCAGAAACGCGAGGAUUAAAGGACCCGCAGCAGGUAGAAAUCCUUCAAGAUCAGGCCCACAUGAUGCUGACUCAGCACAUACGGGCACACCAGCCAGCCCAGACUGCAAGGUUUGGUCGUAUGCUACUACUCCUCCCUUCGUUACGCUUUGUGACGUCAGAUCAGGUCGAGCGACUCUUCUUCAGAUGUACCAUCGGCGACACGCCCAUGGAGAGAUUGCUCUGUGACAUGUUCAAGAAUUAAAAACUCUAGAAAUUACGUCAGGAAAGGGAAAGUCCCCUUCAUCGUGAUGACUACUCGAAACUGUGGCAAAGAGGGAGCUAUUUAAAAAUCCUCCGCGGUCAGAUUGCACCGUUUAGGUGAUUGACUUUUGUAGCGUUGUCGUUGUCGUUGUGGUUCUUGACUCGAGAUAUGAAGAUCGUUGGUUCGAUCCCAAGCGUUUAUGCGCUUAAGCAACGCAUGUUCCAAACAUUUCUGGUUUCCACCAAAGUAAAACUCGGUAGAACUCCUAACAUCAUCGUGAUUUGAUCAGCAUUGUGCGCAUCUGUAGAAUGGUUGCUUGAUGACUUUCAAGGGGUGGAGAAUGUACAAACAUUAUAUGCGGGCAAGUCUCGAUCGGAUUUCUAUGGGCUAAUCAUGUUUAAAGCGGAGUGGUCAGAAAUAUUGGAGAUGUUUAAAGCGCCUUGUAGACCAGAAUAUUUUCAUCAUCAAUAUUCUAUCUGGGCUUGGGAAUUUCGUUGAACUCAAGAUGGAGAGAUAGGGUUAACCGAAAUCCUAAAAACAUGUGACAAUAUUUUGUCACAAGGACUCCAUU